AUGGAAGCGGACACUCCUCCGAUCGCCAGCCUCGACAUCAAGCUGGAUGCCAACAGUAUCCUUGAACCAGAUGAAAAUGACGAUCUUGAUCCGGCCCUAGAGGAGCCUGAGCUGCCCCCGCCGCCUCCGCCACCACCGGCGAAGGCACCGAAGGGGUCCCCACUUGAAUGGCUAUAUUUCCCGACGAGAGGUCUCGCAGGCACAAUCACACUUGACGAGAUUUUGCCCCCUGUCCUCCCGGUUAGGCUCAAGCGGGACAUCGGUUACACGUUUUGUGAUCUCAAUCGGGCCAAGGCUCCCCGGCAGCCAUUCAAGGGAUUAUUCACUGCCCUGGCCGUGAUGUCUCCAAAUACGAAGCUUGACGACGUUGACGUGAUCUUGACCCGUGGUGCUUUUCAAACUCUCCACAAGUUCGUCAAGAGUGGAUGCUCAACUGCAUUCAUCCUGCAGAUGAACGUCAUCAACAAAACUCUGGUUCUCACAUACAGAGAGGAAAGGAACAAGCGAGCCAGCAGCAGGAAAAGCCCCAGCUGGGGCCACGCGUUCGAAGAGGGUUUCACUGCAUACGAUGACGAUCUCAAGGAAAGCCUCGCCCAUCACAGAGCCAUCAAAUAUCAGUUUGGCAGCCUCAAAGUUGCAGUUCUUCAUGAGGUAGACGCCUCAUACUCUGGAUCAUUCGGAUCGCCAGGGCCCGAGGAAUCUGCUGAAAGGAAGGCAAAGUAUUUGGAAAAGAGGAGCGGGGCCACCAAUCUUGGACAUUUGGUGAAGUCAAAUCAAGAUGUGGCAGUAAGACUUUUUGGGACUGGGACAGCAGCCGAGAACGUUGCGGAGAUGAAAGCGACGCAGAAGCCUUUGGCGUUGACUGGUGUCCCCAACGAGGCAAAGACCCAGUGUUGGUUUGGUCGGACCGGGACUCUCAUAUUUGGCAUACAUGAGAACGGCAUCUUCAAAAAACAUUCCGUCAGGCAGUUCGAGUUUGAGCCCUGGUGCCAGAACGCACAGGAAGCCUUGCAGAAAGUCGUCUCCCUUUUCGAAAAGCUCCGCGAGCAGACCCGCCGCAUCGGCAACUGCGGCGUAGCGAUUCUCAACCCCAAAAGCUCCAGAACGCGACUGGAAAUUUGGACGCCUAUUCGAGCACUUGUCUUCAAGCCAGUUUCACCCGACAGUUUUUACAGGCAUUGGACCUUCCAAAACGAUUCCACAAAUUAUGGUUUUGUGCAACCUAAGGACCGUCGGAGAAAACAAGAGUUGGGGGGCCGCCAGGCAUAA